AUGGAAGUUCUUUUUAUUUUUACAUUUAGAUACAGUGGUAUCGCAAAACUUCCUAAUGAUUUCGAAACAUCAGACAUUGUUUUACGUCGUGAUGGUUGUACUGAUCGAUUGUUAGCCUGGCCAGAUGCAUCUUUAUCCACUAAAAAAUCUCAGUUCGAAGGAAUGAUUUACAAUCCAGUCGAUGAUACUUAUUUUGUCGCACAAGAAGCAAUCAAAACAUCGAAUUCGAAAAUCUUUCGAAGUAAUGUCUUCGAGAUUAGCAUUGAUCUUAAAGAUGCUACGCCAGUUCGUGUACUAGAAUCUUGUAUGAUCAAUUGGAAUUUUACCUCGGAUAAUAAGGGGAUCGAAGUUCUCGAAUUUGUUUCUCAUACUACUUCUAGUCGAACUUAUUUGUUAGCUUUAUGCGAAGCCAAUGAUUGCAAUGAUCAAUCGAAACCAGAUAAUAAAGGAAGAAUUUUAGUUCUUGAAAAGAAGAAAGCAUUGUUUAACAAUAAUUGUAGUUGGGAACAUGUUGGAACAUUAUAUCUUCCAUCAUCGAUACAUUUUCAAGAAUAUUCAGCGAUUUCUAUUCAAUAUGAACAAUUAACUCGUUUUCCGACAUAUAUUGCAGUCAUCAGUCAAGAGAUGAGUCAAAUAUGGGUUGGACGAAUUGAAGAGAUCUCUAAAGCACCUUUCUUUUCAAUUACAUCAUUACAAAAUAAUAUCAUUUAUGAUUUGCCACGCUUUCCUAAAACAGUGAAAACAUGUACAAUACAAUAUUGCAAUAUCGAAGGUAUAACUUGGCAAGAUAAUAAUCAAAUUAUCUUAGCAUCCGAUGCCGCUAAAGAUGAUCAACCUAAUCUGUGUACAUUACUUUUCUUUUCCACAAAACUUGUUGAACUAAACGAAAUACACAUACAUUAUCGAUUUAUUGUAAUUAAUCUCUUUCUUUUAAUAAGAUUCCUCAGUUAA